GAUAGAUAGAUAGGAUUAUCAUCUCUGCUUGUUUUUAUUUCCUGUCAAAUAAUGUUGUAAAUCAACAAAUUUGUGGACAAGUGGGGCCCAACAGUGCAAUAAAUUAAACCAUCAAAUGAAUGUUUAGUGUAUCAGCCUUAGUGCAUUUAUAACCUUUAAAUUUUUUUUAAAAUAUUGAAAUAAUUAUAUGCAACUACCUUCCAAUUUAAAUCAUUUAACCAGUGCUGUGUUUUAUAAGUUUUUGAUACGUAGAAACAAUUAUAGAUUGCUUUAUAUAUACAUAUAUAUUUCAAUAUUAAAAAUAUGAUUUACUCUCCUGUAAAUUUAGUGGGGAGUGUAUGUUUUGGCGAGCUCUAAAUUUCGCCUUAAAAUAGCAGCGAUGUAGAAUAAAAUGGCACACUUUCAAAAUUAUUGUUCUCAAACUUGUGUUUAAGGGCGCCUCUUAGUGGUGGCAAAUGGUACUACGUGAUGACGCUCCGAACCGCUACAUAUCACGUAUCCCCUCCGCCGCUACGUAAACACGUGCACCUCACUGCUUCCAGUUUCAGCCCUUUCACUUCACCGUCAUCCUCGCGCUACUUACAUCACUCCUUGACAACAGCAGCGAUGGCGGAGCCCGUAGCAUCGGAUGCGGCGACAGCAGCAACGGACGAAACGCACACGGCUGCAUCCCCGACACCUGGCCUUUCUCCCGCACCGAGCCCGGGUUCGGAACCUCCAUCCAUGGCUCUGUCUCCCACGGCAGACGGCUCGCAGCGGCUGCUGUUUUCCCACGACCUGGUCUCCGGACGGUAUCGCGGCUCAGUCCGGUACGGCAUCGUUCGGAUGAUUCACGGGGAGGAGGAUUUUAACUCGGAUUCGGAACUCGACGAUGGCGGAGGGAGAGGCGGCGGCGGUGGGGGCGGCGGCGGCGCAGGAGGCGGAGGACGAAUCCCGUGUGGUUCGGAUACUGAAAGUGCCGUGGACACCCCGAGUCGGCCUCUCGGUAGGGGGUUUGUCCGCGUGCAGUGGUACCCCGAAGGAGCCAAGCAGGACAUCAGAGAGACAAAGCUGAAACUUGAAGACCGAUCUAUUGUCAUUAGAGACAUCGUGCGUCGGAACAAUUCUGCUGACAACCAGUGUGGUAUUGUGACCAACAUUGAUAUUGAAUGUGCUGUGAAGUUUGUGGGAACAAAUUGUGUUCUUUACCCAGUAAACAGCAAGGACCUGCAGCACAUCUGGUCUUUUAUGUACGGCGACUACAUCGCUUAUGACUUCUGGCUGGGUAAAGUCUACGAUCUGACCAAUCACAUCAUCCUCAAGCUCUCCAAUGGAGCCAGAUGCUCCAUGAGCGUCGAAGACGGCGCCAAGCUGUACGACGUCUGUCCGCAUGUCAGCGACUCGGGCUUGUUUUUCGACGAGGCGUACGGUUUCUACCCGGGCCAGGUUCUGAUCGGCCCCGCUAAGGUCUUCUCUAAUGUACAGUGGCUGUCAGGGGUCAAACCUGUCCUAAGCAGGAAGUGCAAGUUCAGAGUGGUGGUGGAAGAGGUGAAAGUCGUGGAGCUGAAAGUGACGUGGAUCACCAAGAGCUACUCUCCUCAAGGCUCUGACAGCGUGUAUCCACCUCCCUCCACCAUCACACAGGAAAAUCUUCACAGGGUGAGGCGCUUGGGUUACUAUGACCACACCCAGAGGGAGCUGGGAGAAAGAGCCCUGUACAUCAUCCCUGCCAAAGGCAGCGCCACAUGCAUGACCUGUGACGGACCCGAAGGGGCCCAUUUUCUACCAGAGGACCCGAUUGCCAGAAAGCUAAAAAGAGUUUUCAAAAAGGAGUCUGGAAGGAAAACGGAACAUGCUGACCUGCAAGGUGACCACAAGUCGGAGCAGACCGACUCGCCCCAUCUCAACAACGGCCCGGUAACGGCGGGUCAGAACCCGGUGGAUCCAAAGAGCGCCAACGACAACGCGGCUGAACACGGAGAGCAGGAUGCAGAUGACGAAGGCGCGGAGGACACUGAUGACACCAGCUCUCUCACAUCGUCAGCCAGCUCCACCGCCUCGUCUCAGAGCGGCGGCCUGGGAACCAACCGCAAGAAGAGCAUCCCGCUCUCCAUCCGCAACCUGAAGAGGAAGCAUAAAAAGAAGAGGACCAAGUUCUCCCGAGAGUUUAAGCGUGGAGACCGGGUGGCAGUGGAAGUUGUAUCAACGAAGACCACCGCUGAUGUGAUGUGGAAGGAUGGACGGGUGGAGAGGGGGAUCAGGUCCAACGACCUCAUCCCCAUCCAGCACCUGGACAGCCACGAGUUUUGCCCCGGAGAUUUUGUGGUUGACAAACGACCCCAAGCGCUGCAGGAUCCAGGCGUGUACGGCGUGAUCCAGUCUGGGGACCAUAAAGGCAGAACGUGCGUCGUCAGAUGGAUCAAACUGAACUCCACAGGUGACGACGUUGAGGUUAUUGGUGUGGAGGAGGAUGUCAGUGUGUACGACAUCGCAGAUCAUCCAGAUUUCCAUUUCCGCACGGCGGACAUCGUCAUCAGAAUAUGGAACUCCGAGAACGGACAGAACGACUGCGAGAAUGAGACGUCAGUGGGUCAGGUGUCCCGGGUGGAUGUGAGCAGUAAAGUGGAGGUCGUUUGGGCCGACAACUCCAAAACCAUCGUCCUGCCACAACACCUCUACAACGUGGAGUCUGAGAUCGAGGAGACGGACUACGACUCUGUGGAGGACACGAGCAGCGUCCUGUCCACGGAGGAGUGGGAGGACGAGAGCGACAGCUGGGAGACGGACAACGGCGUCACCACCGAGGACGACAGCCACGCCAACAACUUCAACGCCACCUACACAGUGACGCCCAUCCCGACGCCAUCCGGGUCUGCGCUGUUCAUCAUCCCACCACAAGAGGGCAGCAAGGCUGAGGUGACGAGUCCCACCAAGGGAGCGCCAGGAGAGGAAGGGGAGGCGUCUGUGGGCAGUCCCACGUCUGGAGGAGUAACGACUCCAGGAGGAACAGUAAACGGAGCGGAGAAGCCCAAUAAGGACGGCGCCUCCAGAGGCUUCAGAGAGCUGAAGGAAGCGCUGAAGAUUCUGGAGAGCCUGAAGAACAUGACCGUGGAGCAGCUGUGGACAGGCGGCUCGCCGACCUCCCCGACCUCGGCCGAGCCGGCCUCCGCCGCCAACGUGGCGAGCUCUCUGUCGCCGGUGGCGCCCGAGAAACCCACCAAGGAGAAACGCUUCCUGGACGACAUCAAGAAGCUCCACGAGAAUCUGAGGAAGACGCUGGACAACGUCGCCAUCGUGGAGGAGGAGAAGAUGGAGGCGGUGGGGAGCGGAGGUGCCGGAACGGAGGCCGAGAGGAGCGGAGAAGAAAAGCCGCAGCAGGAGCCGCAGACGCCGGUGGGGGGGCAGGAGUGGCCCAGCGAGUUCCUGAGUGACACUCCGGUCCUGUGCCAGCAGAGCGGAGGGAAGCCUGGCGUGACAUUCACCAGCGCCAAGGGAGAAGUGUUCUCAGUGCUGGAGUGGGCACCAGAGACUCAUUCGUUUAAGAAAAUGGAGUUCCAGCCAGCAGAGGCCAAGAAGUUUUUCAGCACAGUGAGGAAGGAAAUGGCUCUGCUGGCCACAUCGCUGCCUGAUGGGAUCAUGGUGAAAACAUUUGAGGACCGAAUGGAUCUGUUUUCGGCGCUGAUCAAAGGCCCGACUCGGACCCCCUACGAGGACGGGCUCUUCCUGUUCGACAUCCAGCUGCCCAACAUCUACCCGGCCGUGCCGCCGCUCUUCCGCUACCUGUCGCAGUGCAGCGGCCGCCUCAACCCCAACCUGUACGACAACGGCAAGGUGUGCGUCAGCCUGCUGGGCACCUGGAUCGGCAAGGGAACCGAGAGAUGGACCAGCAAGUCGAGUCUGCUGCAGGUUCUCAUCUCCAUUCAAGGUCUGAUCCUGGUCAACGAGCCGUACUACAACGAGGCGGGCUUCGACAGCGACCGCGGCCUGCAGGAGGGCUACGAGAACAGCCGCUGCUACAACGAGAUGGCGCUGAUCAAGAUGGUGCAGUCCAUGACGCAGCUGCUGCAGAACCCUGUGGACGUCUUCAAGCAGGAGGUCCAGGAGCAUUUCGCCUGCAGCGGCUGGCGGCUCGUCCACCGCCUGGAGGCGUGGCUGGAGCUGAACGACGCCGCCGAGCGCAGCCACACGCCACACCCGGCCGCCAGGGGGCUCCACUCCAAGGACGAGGCGCCGGUGGCCAACAGUAGCCCCGGAAAGCCCGGCGAGGACGGCGUCCCGGGCGUCAGCAGCAUCCUGGAGGAGGAGCUGGAGGACUCGGGGCUGAGCCCGUCCACCACCGCCGCGCCGCCACUGGACCUCAGCCUCAACUCAGACUGCGACGGCACUCAGAGCGGCGCCUGCCCGGGCGGGGACAGAGCCAGCUCUGCGGCACGCGGCGCGGCGCCGGAGUCCGGUCCCAGCCAGCCGGUGGUGCGACCAAAGAAGCGGCGGAAGAGCUACCGGAGUUUCCUCCCGGAGGGGAGCGGCUACCCGGACAUCGGCUUCCCGCUCUUCCCGCUCUCCAAGGGCUUCGUGAAGAGCGUCCGCGGCGUGCUGCAGCAGUACCGCGCCGCGCUGGCCGCCGCCGCCGUCCCUGAGCACACAGAGGACAAUUACCCCUCAGAUGAGUGUGAUGGCUAACACACACACACACACACACACACACACAUACCCACACACACCUUCCUGUGAGAGCAGGUAGAAACCAGUUCCCCUCUGUCACCUGUCUAACUGGUUCCACUGACUGGGUGGGGCGUCACUGGGUUGCCCCUGCAGGCCGCUGGGGGAACUGCAGCUCUCUGUAGCACUCCUGACAUCACAGCUGCACCUGAAGGACGCCGCCGCGGUUCGACCCGCUGGGGGGAAACAUGGCGAGCACAAACUGUGAGCGUUCACCGGCUGGAAGCUUUCUGCCAAAAUCCCCAGAAACUCGCUCCGUCACCGAUCCUGCUGGUUUCCACCCGGCCGACCUCUCCGAGGCGGAGCGGCAACGUUUACACGUUUGAUGAGCUGCAACUUUGUGCUUUGAUUCAGCCGAUUAUUUUUUUUUUUUCCUCAUAGUUUUCAGAGUAAAAAGUUGCUUUAUACGUCAGCAGCAUCCACUCCAGGGUGAUCUCACGUCAACAUGUUGCCUUACUUGAAUCUCAGACGUUGAUCACUGACUCGCACUAAAACAAAGAAAAAGAAAAAACACUGAAAUGUAAAGUCUCCAGUGGUUUCCCGUCGUCCUUCUGGCUGUUUGCACAUGCAGGCAAAACGUCACAACACAAACGAAGGGGGCGGGGCUUCAGAGGUGAUCCAAUGUGAACCCAUUUUGUUUUGUUCUUUUCAUUGCUUUGCUGCAGAAUGUGUUGUGAAAUGACCUUUGGGUGCUUCCUGGAGGAAUCAGCAGUCUUUGUUUACAUCUUUUUAGAUUCAUCUAACAUUUUACACAUCACGACUCCCUCCUCCCCGUCGUCUGCGACUCGCUCUGAUCCGAGAGCGCCGGUUCUCUCAUGUUGUACUUGAACUUUGAUGCUGAGACGUUUUUGAUAAAGAGCACACGGUGCCACUUCGGACCUCGGAGAAGAACUACGAGCCAAGAGCUGCUGCAUUUUAAAACGAAUAAAAAUAUGAAUGAGUGCGUGUUUUUUGCGUCGUCUUCCGUGUUUUUUCCCAUCAUUCCUCUCUCUCUCUCUCUCUGCGUUUUAUUUUGUUCGCCUUUAACGCCAAGAGGCGACGCCGAUCACUUUAAAGAAAAGCUAACACUCUAGAUGCACACUUUGAGUUUUUUUUUUUCUCCUCAUGAACAAGCAGAAAAUGUGAAUUUAAAGUCCGGCAGGAUGUCGAACCUGUAAAGUUUCCUGUGUGUGUAAAUUGUUCCUAAUUUAAUCCAUUCUUCUUAUUUUUUACUGCAAGCAGUUUGAUUUCCAGCCAAAGCAUGUAACUUGUUGCUUUAAGCCUCUUUUGGCUCCACAAAGAACUUGACUGUAUGAUGUCUGCAUUUCCACAGUGGCCUGUUGUUGAUAUAUUUAAAGAAAAAAAGAGCUAAUAAAAGUAUAAUUUGUAGCCUGAUUCUCUGUACAGACAUCAUGACUCUAUUGAAAUACAUACAGUUACUUACAGUAUAUAUUUAACACAAACUUGGGUUGUAUCAUCGGGAUGCUUGGGGCGUAUAAGUACAUAAUGCUGAGUGUACUGUACUAAACAUUUCUUGUUUUCCUUUUUUUUUUAAUGGAUUAAUUUGUUGCUUUAAGACGACUGUAUAGUGAUGUAUUAAACUUUGCAAGCAGUACCAU